UAGAAGGCGGAGCAAGUAUGUGUUAAAUCUGCAUACACUUAUCAUGUUACAAACGGGCAUGUGAAUUAGCGAGUUUAGAACUUUUCCCGCGGAUUUCAACACGUGACUAGCCGACAUAAACAAAGCAAAAAAAGAUGGAUUCACCAUUAACACCACGUCGUAGGAGCAAGAGAGGACGUGCUGACGAACCAAGCAGUCCCACUUCAGAAGCUUCAACGGCAACAACACCCAGACGAAGUGCACGAAAGGCCAAAGCAGCCAAGGAAGAUGAAGUGUCAUCCCCACCAGCCCAGAGACGUAGAGUUGAAGCCUCUCCAGGUGGUGACAUGGCUCCUCUACCUUCUUCACCAGCUGCCCCGCCUUCUGGUGGGGAAUCUUCCUUGUUCUCAAGCCCACAACAGAGAGCCGGAGCUCCAACCAGUGAAAUUGAUCUAAGUUCUCCACUAAACUAUGGUACACCAAGCAGUAGAGGAGGGCCUCGCACUCCCGGGGUUGGCGAAACACCAAUUAGGUCACGCCCAGAUAUUCAUAGUGAGAGAAAAAUGAGAACUGUGGCCAUUGGAGGGUCUGAACAAAGUGAAGCUACCAGAAUGACAAGUGAUAUUACAAGUGAUACAAAUGCCGGACCACAGCUGGUAAUCUGGGGAACAGAUGUAGUCGUAAGUCACUGCAAGGAGAAGUUCCGCAGAUUUAUUCUGAAGUUUGUGGAAAAGAACGUUGAUGAGGACGAGGCAUUUGAAGGCAUGGACAUCAACCAGCCUUACUACUUGCAGAGACUUGAAGAGAUCAAUGCCAUCGGAGAACCAUUCCUUAACAUAAACUGCGAGCAUCUGCGCGAGUUUGAUGCUGAUCUGUAUCGUCAGCUGAUUAAUUAUCCACAGGAAGUGAUACCCACAUUUGACAUGGCUGUCAACGAGAUGUUCUUUGACAAGUACCCUGCUACUAUCCUAGAACACCAGAUUCAAGUGAGGCCAUACAAUGCUGAAAAGACAAGAAAUAUGCGUUCAUUGAAUCCAGAAGAUAUUGAUCAGUUGAUCACGAUAAGUGGUAUGGUCAUUCGAUUGUCAGCCUUGAUCCCGGAGAUGCGUGAAGCAUUUUUCUCGUGCUAUGUGUGUCACAACACGGCUUCUGUAGAGAUAGAGAGGGGCAGGAUUGCAGAGCCAACACUGUGUACUAACUGUAAUACAAAUCAUAGUUUUGCCCUCGUGCACAAUAGGUCACACUUCAGUGAUAAGCAGCAUAUCAAGCUGCAGGAAUCUCCAGAGGAUAUGCCACCUGGUCAGACGCCACACACAGUAGUACUGUAUGCACACAGUGAUUUGGUGGACAAGGUUCAGCCUGGUGACCGAGUGACAAUCACUGGUAUAUACAGGGCGAUGCCGCUGAGAGUGAAUCCACGUAUGCGAAAUGUGAAGUCAGUCUACAAGACACAUAUUGAUGUUGUACACUUCAGGAAGAUGGAUGUCAAGCGUCUGCACGAGGCAGAAGAUGAUGAAAGUAAAUCAUCCCGCCUGCCCCAGGAGCGAGUCGAGUUGAUACAGAAACUAGCCAAGGAGUCUGACAUUUACGAGAGGCUGGCGAGAGCCAUAGCUCCCAGUAUAUAUGAGAAUGAUGAUAUCAAAAAGGGCAUUUUACUGCAACUGUUUGGCGGAACCAGGAAAGAUUUUACAAAUACAGGCAGAGGAAAAUUUAGAUCGGAGAUGAAUAUUUUAUUGUGCGGUGACCCGGGAACCAGUAAGUCUCAGUUACUGCAAUAUGUACAUAAUCUGGUACCCCGUGGGCAGUACACUUCAGGAAAGGGUUCAAGUGCCACAGGUUUGACAGCAUACAUCACUAAAGACCCAGAUACCAGACAGCUUGUUCUACAAACUGGAGCUUUGGUACUCAGUGACAAUGGUGUAUGCUGUAUUGAUGAAUUUGACAAGAUGAAUGAUAGUACAAGAUCUGUUCUCCAUGAAGUCAUGGAACAACAAACAUUGUCAAUCGCCAAAGCUGGUAUCAUCUGCUCCUUGAACGCUAGAACAUCCAUCUUGGCUGCAGCCAACCCAGUCGAGUCACAGUGGAACAAGAACAAAACUAUCACAGAGAACAUUAUGCUCCCACACACACUAUUGUCAAGGUUUGAUCUGAUCUUCCUGAUACUAGAUCCACAAGAUGAGUUGUAUGACAGGAAACUUGCCAAUCAUCUUGUCUCCCUGUAUUUCCAUGCCCAGGAACAGUCCGAGGAGGAAUUUCUGGAUAUGAGUAUUUUGAGAGACUAUAUCUCGUUUGCUAAAGUUACCAUACAGCCUAAACUAAGUGAAGAGGCGGGACAAUCCUUAAUACAGGAGUAUGUCAAUAUGCGUAAGAUAGGUAGUGGGAGGGGCCAGGUGUCAGCUUACCCAAGACAGCUGGAAUCUCUCAUUCGAUUGGCUGAGGCCCAUGCCAGAAUGAGGUUGUCAGACACUGUACACGUGGCAGAUGUUGAGGAAGCUAUGAGACUGUACAAGGAGGCACUGAAGCAGGCAGCUGUUGAUCCCAGUACUGGCAAGAUCGAUGUCAGUAUUUUAACCACUGGUAUAAGUGGAGCGGCUCGUAAACGUAAGGCGGAGGUGACUCAAGCCCUGAAGAAAUUGAUACAGGAGAAGGGCAAGGUGGCCACAUUGAAGCAGGUCAAACUUUACGAGGAACUGAGAGAAAGAUCAGAUGUGCCCGUACCAAGAGAUUUGUUUGAAGAAGCUUUGAAAGAAUUGCAAGAUGAAGAUUUCCUGAUAGUUACCAACAAAGUCAUCAGGCUCUGUGCUUAAAUGAGGAAAAUAAUGCACGAACUUUGUUAAAUACAUUGUUAAAAAAAACUGUUGAAGGACUCUGGAAAAAAAUUACAAAUAGGCUACACAAGUUCAUUAAAACAUGUUGAAUAUUGUUCCAAAUGUAGUUUCUAUUAUUUUUUAUAACAUUUGCAAUAUUCACAUAAUGUGCUAGUACUGUCAUGGGUGUUUUUAAAUAUAACAUUUUUUCCCCACAACAUGACUUGUGUAAUAUAUUUGAACAAAUAAAUACUAAAAUGUUUAAAAAAAAAAUAGCAGAUACAUUGUGUUAUAGCAUAAGUGGGGCAUUGAAGAAUUAUAGCUUGCAUAGUUUUAUAUAUACUGUACAAAUGUGGGCUAAGGGGAAGUAAUGUAUCCAUAUACAUUUGUAUAAUAAUGCUACAGUAUGCUUGUAUUUGUUGUUAGAAAUGGUGCCCUUGGGUACUAGAGAACUUGAUUAUUUUUCCAAACAAAUUGUAUUGAUAAUAGGGAAAAAUACUUGAUUCUGACAUUAAUUUAUUUGACUGAUGUUGACUCUUGCAUAGAUAAUUUGAAAUAUCAAAGCUGUCGAAGACGUUGACAUUUAGGUCUGUCUGCCAUGUUCAUUGGUGCUAUCUGGCAAGGACAGAUUACUGCUGUUCCAUCAGGGAUUACCGUAUGUCAAAUUUGCUCAGUUCUCCUGUCAGAAAGUGCUAUAUGUAUUAUAUAUAAAUCUUGAUAUUCUUGUAUUUUUUUUUUCGUAAAUUUUAUAGAUUACUCUUCUAUAACGGUUCCAAAAUUAUUUCCCUCUCAGUUGUUUUGUAUACAAAAAUGUAUUUGACUUUUUGUAAAUCGUGUAUAAAUUUUUGAAAGUUGAUUGUCAAAUAUUUUUUUUUUGUAUAAAAGCUUGAUUGUACUCGUACUAAAGAAAAAUCAGUAAUCUUGUAUGAUACAUUGGUUAAUGACCAAGUAUGAUGUUAUGUGUUCAAAAAUGAUGCAAUAAUGUGUUCAUUUAUUAUUUUGUUUUUGCAUAUUGCUUUUGCAAUUAUGUGACCAUUAGUGUUCAAAAUGAAGUGUUCAGGAGGCAGUUUACACGUUAAAACUAAAUGCAAACUGGCCUAAUAUAUAAACAUAUGAGAGACAAUUUUUAAGUGAAUAAUUGUGCAUAACAUCACUAAAUUUUCAGUUAACCAGUUUUUCGUUGCAGUAAGUUUGACAUUUACCAUUAUAUUAAGGUGGCUGUCUAAUUUUUAAUACUUUGUGAUUUAAAGGAUAUUCUAUACAAUUAGAAUAGUGAGAAGUUAUCAUUUUCACUAAGACUGUAUAGUGUUUGAGAGAAAACUGUUAUGUUGUAGGAUUUCAAGGAAGAAUAAGGAAAAUCAUGUUUUAUAUUAUUCACAUGUUGAUUAGCAUUGAUAUCUGUUACUAUCUCCUUGAUCAUGAUUAAAUUAAUUAAAUGAUAAUUAGAUCUGACAAGUUUGUAUUUAAAUGUACAUUUCUAAAGAUCAAAUUGUUUCAUCAAAAUUCAUAUUAAAAGAAGAAAUAGCAA